AUGUCGAAACGAAAAUUAUAUCUUCGCAAUUGUCACAGCCUGAACCAAUCAUUGUUUCUCUUCCUAUGGUGUCCAAUGUCGAAACUUGACAACCUCAAGCCAAUUACUUCCUUAUUUUCUUCUCAAUCCACUGAACCUCUGGUUAUUCAUGAAGAAGCACAUACUUCGUCUGACGACGAUAAGAAUGUUUUUGGAGGUACUUCUGGAGACAUUCAGUUUGAUAUAGAAGAAUUGGAAAUUCCAGGGAACUUUGAUUCUUACGGGCAAACAAUUCAAACUCUUGAAUUGGAAGCUCAAUUAUUUAUUACAAAUUCAAGCCGAUGGAGGAGGGAAACAUUCGAUCUCAUGGAUUUGAAGGAUAUUGCAAAAGAACGUCACAUCUUGUUCAUUCAAGAUGUCAAGUAG